AUGCCUGCCACACUCGAGCCGAUCAAAGCCUUCAAGUGCACCUUCGCUGGGUGCGCGGCGAGCUUCGACAUGGAGAAGCAGCUCAUCAGCCAUAAGAAGAACGAUGACGAGCAUGACUAUUGCUCGAACUGCGAUCUUGACUUCGAGUCCUACGAGGACCUGGCCCGCCACAAGGCCUUCACACCGGACAAACAUGGCAAGGCCUGCCGCAUCUGCGGCGAAGAAUUCAAGAGUGAAUCGGGUCUCAAGCGACACACUGAGUUGUCCCACAAAGUGAAGCAGAAGUUACCCUGUAUCGGAUGUGGCGAGGCCUUCCCUGCUCCUGCGCUCCUAAUCGAGCACCUCGAAUUCGGACACUGUGAUGUGAUCUCAGGCCAAGCCUUUAUGGGUCACGUAGUUCACGGUCAUUUGGUCGCCAAACUUCUCGCAGGCGGUGAAGCACAUACGCGCUUUAUGCAGAAGAUUAGCCAGUACGACGCUUCCCUAGAUCAGGAGGAAGAAGGCGGCGUUGGCAUCGAGAACGUUCUUGAAGACGACCACGAAGACGCAAAAGCGGUCAACCACCCCGCCAUCCAGCCUGAGUGCAGCAAAGAUGAAGUUGCUCAUGCCGAGUCGUGGCCUGCUCUGUCUGCCCAAGGUAGCACUGCUAUCCGAUCAUCCACUGUGACUUCAGCCAUGGGCCGUAUGUCAUUAGGAAGUCUCGACGCCGGCUCAGGUAUUCAUACGAUGCAAAAUCCAACGGCACCGACACAGAACUCCAGACAUCAAGCAAAAGCAUGGGGCGGACGUUCGGCCAAGGAGUUGUUCCCGCAAGCGAAGCCCACACCGGCCCCAGAGAAGGAGUUUAGUAUUGAGGCCGUCGAUGAGAAGAUGGAGCACGACCACGGCGGCAACAUAUUCAACACCAGGUUCUGGGAUCCGCUGGCGAAGGAGUGGGAUCCCAAGAGGUUCUACAACGGCAUGAUUGAAAAGUACUUCUGCCCAUUCAUGUGCGAACAGUGUUUCGUCGACACCGCAGAGCUACGCGACCACAUCGUCGUAGACCACCGCUUGUCUCGGGCCAAAUGCCCGUAUUGCUUGAAGUACUUCGACAGUAUCACUGCGCUCAUGUGUCACUGCCAGUCGCGCGGCAGCAAGUGCCAAGUCAACAAGGCUGAUGACUUUGGCAAGUUCCUCAACCGCCUUACUGGCGGUUUCCUCAGCGUGCAAGAGAAAAUCCGUCCCGACUUCAUCCAGAACGAGACGGUCAUGGUCUAUAAUUCAGAGGCACGCGAGAUGGAGAAGUACACCCCACCGACAGUCAAGUAUCUGGAGUACACAUCAUCCAAGCCGAUGGAUUGGCGCAAACCUACCAAGGUCGCUGCACAGAUUGGCGGUGGCAGUACGUCGGGUAGCUUCAACUACAAGAACCAGCAAGCCCGUUGGUAGGCGAGGAUAUGGAAUCGGGAUUUAAAGGUUAAGGCGUUCGGGCAAAUGUGCGUUUUAAGAGACUGUUCCUCUUGAGUCUGAUGGGAGCACCAAGUAGUGCCAAUGCUCUCUUCCACCACAUUGCAACAUGCAGCUCCCCGUUGGAGAUACAGCAUGGGGCACAUGUGAAGUAAGGUAUCUUGAUAAAAGUUUCAUCUGUCAUCUCAGAUAGCAGCGUCAGUCUCAAGUGCGCUUCAUACAGUCAGGCCAGGUGUUGUGAUGACUUCCGUGCCCAAAAAGGAAAUGCACGAUGGCGCCCGAGCGCGGCGCUUUUCCAAGGGUCCGACCUGUUCCGCGCCUUUGGAUGGCAGAAAUCUCCGAGCAGAAGCUUGGAG